AUGUCAAGUCGUUAUGGGCAUUUGUCAAAAGCCGGUGAACGUGUAUUGAGAAGUUUGAACAAUACUCAUAAAAAUUUGGCAGCGAGACAGGAAAAAUAUGCAAAAAUAUCUGUUCCUGACUUUAUAAAACCAGCACUUCCAGAAGUUAAGGAUCAUGAGAGAUUUAAAACGUGCAGGGAAUGGAUGUUUGUGCCUGGCGAUCGAGUAGUCAUUAUGAAGGGUAAAUAUAAGGGGAAUAUUUGCGUCGUCAAGCAACAAGAUGUAGCGACCAAUGGGUUUAUAUUGGAUGAUAAUGGACCGAUGAAAAAUACGCCAGUGCCCAAGCAAUUUUGGCUCGAGGGACAAAAAUCCCAUAUGAUUUCAGUUCCACAAGCUGUUAGUCAAAAGGAUUUGAGACUUGUUGCAGAUAUUGAUGAUCCAUUGAACGCUGGACAAACAAGGACUGUUGCUGUAAAAAACAUUGAGUUUAAGGGCACGUAUUAUGACGAAAACUAUAAGAAAAUGAUGCCUUACAGGACAGUCAUUGGUCAAAGCGAUUUGGUUAUACCAUGGCCAAAACCCGCACCACAGGAAGAUGGAGAACUAGCUACUGAGCCUUCAAUAGCUAAAGAACAAACUUUUUGGGUCGAUAGUAUAGUGAAGAAUCCGAUUCCAAAAGAUGCAUUUAUGACUAUUCGUAACCCACAUUCUAAAUUCAGGAGGGGUAAGCUCACAGCUCGUGAUAUAUCUAAAUUGGUAGCACCAAAAAUGCCUAUGACUGAUGUCAAGAAGGCUUACAUAAAGGAGAAGCAGCAAUUAGCAUCAAGGCCAAAAGCAAAAUUAACUGAUGAUGAAAAGGAAUUGAUUGGUGAGAAAAUCUAUCAACAUUUGAAGGAGCAGGGUUUGUAA